GCCUGGAAUGUGUUCGGGGUCCUCCAGACGCGGAGAAUAACGAGGGUGAGAAGCGGGGUAGAAGUCUAGUUACUUCUCCUACUUUCCCGUAGCGUAAAUUUAUCAUAAGGAAAAAAAAAAUCUUAUUUUUGUAAUACAAGGUAGUUAAUCGGAUAUAUUGCACCACCUUUUCGUCGUGAGACUGCGGCAGAAAUGGCCCCAACCAUCCAAACUCAAGCGCAGCGAGAGGAUGGUCACAGAAGCAGCUCUCACAGAACUGUCCCUGAGAGGUCAGGGGUCAUCUGUCGGGUGAAAUACUGCAACAGUCUCCCCGACAUCCCCUUUGACCCCAAGUUCAUCACUUACCCUUUCGACCAGCACAGGUUUGUGCAGUACAAGGCCACUUCGCUGGAGAAGCAGCACAAGCACGAGCUGUUGACAGAGCCUGACCUGGGAGUGACCAUCGACCUCAUCAACCCCGACACCUACAGGAUAGACCCCAACAUCAUUCUGGACCCCGCUGAUGAGAAAUUGCUGGAAGAGGACAUUCAAGCUCCUUCAAGCUCCAAACGGUCCCAGCAACAUGCCAAGGUUGUUCCUUGGAUGAGAAAGACAGAGUACAUCUCUACCGAGUUCAACCGAUAUGGGGUCUCCAAUGAAAAAGUGGAAGUCAAGAUUGGAGUGUCAGUCAAACAGCAGUUCACAGAGGAGGAGAUCUACAAGGACAGGGACAGCCAGAUCACAGCUAUUGAGAAGACCUUCGAGGAUGCUCAGAAAACAAUUGCUCAGCACUACAGCAAGCCCAGAGUUACACCUGUUGAGGUCCUGCCCGUAUUUCCUGAUUUUAAGAUGUGGAUAAACCCAUGCGCUCAGGUCAUCUUUGACUCUGACCCAGCUCCCAAAGACACAUCUGGAGCAGCUGCAGUGGAGAUGAUGUCUCAAGCCAUGAUCAGGGGUAUGAUGGACGAGGAGGGUAAUCAGUUUGUGGCCUACUUCCUUCCCAACGACGACACCAUGCGCAAACGCAAGAGAGACUUCGAGGAAGACCUGGACUACAGCCCCGAAGAAGUGUAUGAUUACAAGAUCGCCAGGGAGUACAACUGGAAUGUGAAGAAUAAGGCCAGCAAGGGUUACGAGGAGAAUUACUUCUUCAUCUUCAGGGACGGAGAUGGAGUCUAUUAUAACGAACUGGAGACCAGGGUGCGUCUCAGCAAGAGGAGGGCGAAGGCUGGAGCCCAGUCCACCACGAACGCAGUGCUGGUGGUCAAGCACAGAGACAUGAAUGAGAAGGAACUGGAGGCUCAGGAAGCCCGGAAAGCUCAACUGGAAAACCAUGAGCCUGAAGACGAGGAGGAGGACAUGGAUGUGGACAAGGACACCCAGGAUUCUGGUGACGAGAAGGACAAGGGCAGCGAGAGCUCGGGCAGCGAGAGCGAGGAGGAGGACGAGGAGGCGGGGGGCCGGGGCCGGCGGGACGAGGACGAGGAGGGCAGCCAGCCAAGGAGGAGGAAGGCCAGCGGCAGCGAGAGCGACAGCGGCGACGACCGGCAGGCCAGGGAGGCGCGGGACGAAGAGGAGAUCUUCGGCAGCGACGACGACAGCGACGACGAGGCUAAGAAUGACAACCAGAGCAGCGGGGAGGAGGGCAGCGGAGACGACGAAGACGACGACGAGGACGAGGAGGAGGAGGAGGAGGAGGAGGAAGGGGAGGGGCGGGCCCGCAGUGCCUCCCCCGCCCACAGCAGCAGCGAGCACUCGGACGGGGAGCAGCAGAGUGCCAGCGGGAGCGAGCAGGGCUCCGAGUCCAGCGAGGGCAGCGACAGCGAGUGAGCGGGCAGCCGGCCUUGCUGGCCUUGCUGGCUCCGAGGCUGCGUGUCCGCCGGGGCCCCGGCUCGGGGGCCGCGGGGAGACUGCUGAGCAGCACACUGGCCCAGCCCAGCCAGCCGCUGCUGGGGACUCCAGCUCGUCUUUUAAGCUCGUUUACGGGGGUCGAUUUUCAGAUCAGUGCAGACGAGAAGAAACUUCUCUUUGGCACAAAUGUCAGUUAUUCUUUUUCAUUCCGGCCCCCUGUAUCUGUAUAUAUAUUUUUUUUGUUGAUGACUAGUGAUCGAUGACUGAUGACGGAAUCACUUCCCCAAAGUAUUUUUUUUCUUUGUUGACGAGUGAGGUUUUUUUUCAGAUCAUGUUCUAUCCCCCCCACUGUACAAUAUUAAAUGAAAAUACUUCCCUUUGA